UACAUUUUAAUUUGAAAAAGAUUUUUUAAAUGUUGCAAUAGCAUAAAGUAAUAUACAUUGAUAGUUCCCAAUGAAAUUUGUUUUGUGCACUUGACAUAUUUCAAUUUUCCCGCGGAAAUCGUCAAGGUUAAAUUGCGAAAAUUAGAAGAAGAAGAACUAAUUUAAACGUAAAUAUUACAAUUGAGGUUAGUAAAUAUCAAUUCAAAACUGAGAAAAUUUAAAUCUUAAUUCUACACAAAAAUGGAAGAGAGUAUAGAAAACCUCGACUUGUAUGAACUGCUAGAAAUUGAAUUUACCAGUUCAGUAAAUGAUAUUAAAAAAGCGUACAGAAAAAAAGCAUUGCAAUGCCAUCCAGAUAAAAAUCCAGACGACCCGGAAGCGGCAAAAAAGUUCCACCAACUAUCAAAAGUCUUGGCACUGUUAACUGAUGAAGCAGCUAGAGCAGCUUAUGACAGAGUUUUGAAAGGAAGAAAAGAAGCAGCUUUGAGACACAAGGAACUCGACGGCAAACGACGAAAAUUAAAAGAGGAUCUUGAAGCUAGAGAAAAGAGCGCUUCUAGUGGUCAAAAGCAAAAAUCAGCUGAUGAAAAGUUGAAGGAGGAAAUUGACAGGUUGAGAAAAGAGGGAUCAAAACUAGUGGAAGAGGAGAUUAAUUAUGUCAAUCAACAAUUGGCUAAAGAAAAUGUUGGGACUGGUGCAUGGGAUAGUUCACAACACAGAAUUAAAAUCAAAUGGAAAGCUUCAAAAGGUGACAACACCAAUGGAGGCUAUAGCAAAGAAGUGUUGGAGAGGAUCAUGUUAAAACAUGGUGAUAUAGAAGGUUUAGUGAUGUCUAGGGGCAGUGCUUUAGUGGAAUUUAAAGAGCAAAGUGCUGCUGAACAAGUUAUGGAGUUUGAGAUAGGUUUAACAUCUAAUCCAUUGAAACUGAACUGGGUUAAUCCUCCCCCAAAAGUGAAUAAACCUCAUAGUUCUUUAAUAAAAGAUUCAGAUUUUGAAAGUGUAACUUUGAUGAAGAUGAGGCAAGCAGAAGAAAGAAAACGUUUAAUAGAACAAAUGAUGAAGGAAGAUGAAGAAAGUUAAUCCAAGAUCAUGUAUUGUUAAUAUACAUACCAGAAAAUUUA